AAAAGCACAGAGUAGCCGCUUUGCUUUACGGCAGUUUGAACUAAAAACAUUUCGACAUGACAUCUUCGUUAAUUUGCAGCGAAACUCAAAGCAGGGUGAGUUCAGUCCUGAACAGAGACGUGAAGCAGUAUGGGAAAAAGUACAUGUUUGACCGCAAUGAGGAGACGUGCUGGAACUCGGAUCAGGGUGAAUGUCAGUGGGUGUCUCUGGAGUUUCCCCAGUCAGUCAAAGUGUCAGAGUUGAAGGUCCAGUUCCAGGGAGGCUUCUCAGCAAAAACAUGCAGACUAGACGGUUGUUCAAAAGAUGGAGCUUUUACAGAGAUCAGCCAUUUUUACCCAGAGGACAACAGCUCUCUUCAGAGCUUUCCCAUACAGGAGGCCCCUGCAGUGGACAAAGUAAAAAUAAUGUUUGAGAAUAGUGCCGACUUUUUUGGGAGAAUAACUGUUUAUUCCUUGGACGUCCUGGGGGAGAAAAACUUGUGACCUUUUUUUUUUAAAUUCUCUCGUGAGAGAGGAAGUGACUCCUGAGCUCAGGACGCAGUUCGGUGUGGUGGCACUUGGGAAACAUGUCAUCUGUUCCCUCACCUCUCGAGCUGAUGUGACUGUGGCCUUUUUUGGUAUGGACGCUUUCAGGGAUACGCCAAACCACCUCACUCUUCGUUACUCACGAGGCUUAGUGCGGACUCUAAUCGAGUUUUUAUUGCAAAUUUAAUGGGUUUGUUGUGAUUAUAAAAGCACUUAUAAUCACACUACAUGUUUACGUUGUGCCUAUAAGUUGAAGCACCAUUCCAGUGGAACACACAGUAUGAAAAUAUUGUUUUUUUAUUAAAAGUUGUUUACAA